AUGAAUUAUUUACAAGACUUAAACCCCCAGCAGAAGCAAGCCGUAUUAGAACUACACCCUCGCGUUUGUGUGAUUGCUGGUCCCGGCUGUGGCAAAACGAAAACUCUGGUCAGUAAAGCCAUUUAUUUACUCGCCAGUCAGCAAGCCCAGCCGCAAAAUAUCCUUAUUCUGACCUUUGCCAAAAAAGCCAUUAAGGAAAUCAAAAAAAGGAUUUUUGACCAAUUGGAUUUUGUUGCCAAAAAGGACUUACACAUUUAUAAUUUCCAUUCUUUUUGUUUCCAUGUUUUAAGUCAACACUCUUACCUGUUAGGCUUCCCUGCUAGCAAAUUUCCCGUCUACGACCGCCACGAACAAGAAGAAGUAGUAAGGAAAGUUGUCCGGCAAAUUAAUUAUAACCACGACCAAAAAGAAAUAAACACCAUAUACCAAAAAUACCAAGAAUACUUACAAGCCAACAAGGCUUUGGACUUCAAUGACCUACUUAUUUACACCAUCCGACUUUUCCGCCAACAUCCCUCCGUGCAAGAAGAAUACCGGCGACAAUUUACUCACAUUUUACUCGAUGAAUUCCAAGACAUUAACGCUACGCAAAAUCACCCCAAUUUAGUUAAUAAUUUGUUAACUUCCGUGCAUCCGGGCGGGAUAAAAGUAUUUCGUUGGUCCCAAAUUUCGGCUCACUUUGUAGUGCAUCAAGUUCAAUAUUUACUGUCGCGGGGAGGAAUUCAGUUUAGCGAUAUCGCUAUUUUAUAUCGUAAUAAUUAUCUUUCUGUUCGACUUGAGCAAGAAUUAACCAAGCAAAAAAUACCUUAUGAGAUACUAGGGGCUUUUAAAUUUAUUGAACGAGAAGAAAUUAAGGAUACCUUGGCUUUUCUUCGUUCUGUUCUUUACCAAGAUAAUCUUUCUUUACUACGGAUUUUGGGGCUACAAGAAAAAAUUGGCGUUCGCACUAUUGAAAAAAUUGAAUUAAAUAAAAAAAGGAGGAGAAAAGAAUAUUCCAAUUUGACUGAGUUGGCCCAUAAUUUUUGCCAAUGGAUAAUUAUUGCUUUUGAAGACAAAAAAUUACUGAAAACUCGAAAUAACUUGAUACUUUCCUCAAUCCAUCAAGCCAAAGGUUUGGAAUUUGAAGUGGUUUUUUUUGUUUAUUUGGACCAUGGGACUUUACCUUACCGGAAAACCCAAGACUUAACCGAAGAAAGAAGAUUAUUUUAUGUUGGAAUAACUCGGGCGAAAAAAAUUCUUUACCUAGCAAGCAGUAAACAAUUAUCUUCCCCUUUUUUAGAAGAAAUAGAUAAAGAAAGUGUGGAGGAGGCAACUAAGUCUAUCAUGCAACAAAUUAAGCAACCACAAAAAAAUUACCGCGGCCCUAUUCCUUUUCCGACCAAAAAAAAACUCCUAUCUUUGCUUACUUCCCCUCAUAAACAUAAAACUGCCCAAGAACAAUUCGAAAAAAGAACUCAUAUUCUAUUUGAAGAACAUUAUAUCGUAGUAGAUUUAGAUGGAACUAUUUUGCCCGAUUACACUAAUGCUGAUAAAGAAACUGUUAAAGGUUUGCAAAAAAUAAAAAGACAUCACCGAGUAGGUAUUGCCAGUGGACGCAAUCUCCCCUCUAUUUUACCAAUUUACCAUGAAAUAGGUUUAGACACUUUUAUUAUCGCCUAUAAUGGGGCUCUUAUUUAUCAUCCCUUCAAAAGAGAGACUUUGGCCUCUAUUCCUAUCGCUAAUUUUAUCAUCCGAAAAAUAUUGUCAGAAAAGGUCAUCAAAGAUAACUUAAUUAAUUGUAUGGUUGACUCGAUUGACCAAGAAAUUAUUACUACUAGUGAUGAUAUUUACUAUCAAGAAGUUUUUUUUAACGGCAAUCCUUUUAUUAAGGGUGAUGUUUUACAACAUUUAGGAGAUAAAGACUGUUUACAAUUAGUUCUCGAAUUUCCUAAUGAGACAAGUUUGAUUGACGAGAUCAUAAGAACUUUGAGAAAAAAAUAUAGAUAUAGCAUUACUUUCUAUGGGGGAGAAAAACUGCAAGCCAAAAAACCCGGAGACAAGAUUUUAGUGCCUGACCCUACUAAACACAUAAUUAAGAUUCGUAAUUAUAAUGCUAACAAGGGGGAAGCGGUCAAAUUAGUAGCUGGAUAUUAUAAUGUUUCUUUGAAUAAUACUAUCGCUUUCGGUAAUGAUAUUAAUGAUAUUGAAAUGAUGGAUAAAGUUGGUGUGGGAGUAGCAGUCUCAAAUAGUGCUAAUAAUUUAAAAGCCUACGCUCACGAUGUUACCGAAUUUGAUAGCCACAAGGGGGGCGUGAUUAAAUAUUUGAUUAAUUAUUUUAAUUUGGAGAUUUAG